AUGUCUAGUGUUCAAGGGCGAGACAGCCAGGUGAUCCAUUUCAAUCGGAUUGUCAAGACAGAUGGAGCCCCUUGCCCGCUUCCAGUUCUGAUUGGCAGAUUUGUUCGUUUAGUAAACUUCAUGACCUGCUUUCAUUCAGAGCUUUUGAAGGCACUUGGAAUCGAUCCUCGCGAGUUUCCAAGUCAGAAUGCAGCCUUAAUCAAAUGGCUACUAACUGAAAUAUUUAACCCUUCAACUGGCUUCCCAAUCAUUGGAAAUAUUACGAAUCAAAAACUUGUCGAAGGUUUGGUCAAACAAGAAAUCGAAAACCCUUUCCGGACCCUGGAUGCCCUUUUGAGUGGUUAUUUUGGUCGACCUGAAGCGGACUACGAUCCCAGCAAGGCCGCAUGUGUUUUAAUCAACUACUGGUAUCCCUCCGAACAAACACAUAUUUAUCAAAAGUUCUUCAAUGAUCAGGAGCAAUUCAUGGGCUUAUUGAAGAAGAUUUACCUGGAAUUUUAUGUUCCAAAUUCCUAA